UUCAAAACCGAAGAAGAAGAAUGGAAAUGGAGAACAAAGAUGUUGCUAUGGAGAAAACCGACGCCGUUCCGAUCGAAUUACCUGCUCCUCCUGGCUGGAAGAAGAGAUUCACUCCAGGAAAGAGCAGUACCCCUAGAAGGAAUGAUAUUGUAUUUGUUUCACCUGAUGGCGACGAAAUUAAGAACAAGAGGCAAUUGGACAAGUAUCUGAAAUCACAUCCAGGAGGACCUCCUGCGUCUGAAUUUAAUUGGGGUACAGGUGACACUCCUAGACGAUCAACUAGAUUGGGUGGAAAAUCUAAAGCAACGGAGACACCAGAAAGUGAUACUCCCAGUACGAAGAGACAAAGGAAAUCAAGUUCCAAAAAAGAAGCCAAGGAGGAUGGUGGCGCACAAGAAGCUGAGGGUGCUACUGAGAAAGAAGCUAAGGCAAGUGAUGAACCUGCUUUGCCUGAUGCAGAGGAUCUAGAAGUCCAAGAUGUAGAGAUGGCAUCUAAGAAUCUCACCGAUGGAGAUAACAUAAAGGAUGAGAAGGAGCAGACCAAUGAUGGUGAGAUUGUCCCCAAGGAGCCUCUGGCAAGUGAAGAUAAGAUGGAGAUUGUGCAUGAAAAAGAAGAAACAAAGGAUGAGAAGGAGAAGAUCAGGGAUGGUGAGAUUGUCCCCGAGGAGCCUCUGGUAAGUGAAGAUAAGAUGGAAAUUGUGCAAGAAAAAGAAGAAACAAAGGAUGAGGAAGAGAAGACCAAUGCUGGUGAGAUUGUCCCUGAGGAGCCUCCGGAAAGUGAAGAUAAGAUGGAAAUUGUGCAAGAAAAAGAAGAAACAUUGGAUGAGGGAAACAUAGAGAAAAUGAAAAAUCGAGAAGCGGAAGAUAAGCCUCUGGACAACAGCCUUAAAACUGACAAUAAAAUGCUUCCAUUGAAUGUGUUUGAAGAAAAUAAGAGUGAGAGUAAACCAGCUGGGACAGAUGCCUCGUCUCUUUCUGCUGAACUCAGCAAGGCAAGCUCAGGUAGCCCAGAAGAAAUUGCAGAAGAAGCUCCUGCCGCUGAAGAUGCACUGGAUGUGGUCGAUGAAAAUAAGAUAGGGAGUAAACCAGCUGGGCCAGAUGCCUCAUCUCGUUCUGCUGAACUCAGCAAGGCAACCUCAGUUAGCCAAGAAGAAGCUCCAGCCGCUGCAGAUCCACUGGUUCAGAAUUCUAAUGAUGGUAAAGUACACGAAAACGAGCAGAUUGACAGGGAGAUUCCAAUUGAGGAGAUCAUUGGCACAGGAUCAGCUGCAGCAGGUGUUAACAGUUCUGUGCAGCAAUAACCCACCGUAAUCGACCAAGCCACCUCAAGUUAACUUUUUUAUAUCUUUUAGUAUAAUACUGUGUAUCAUCUGCCCUUUAUUUCUUUUUGGCCCUGAUUUAGGUAACUGGCAAACAGCAUUAAGCAUGCUCUUCAUAUGUUAAGAAUUCUUAGCUACUUAUUUUGUGUUACAUUUGUAUUGCUGCUGUUAUCAUCGACAUUGAUCAGCUUAUAUUCUAUUAAGG